UAAUUCUCCACUAUCCGUCUACAGAGAAACCUACAAAGAUCUCAUGUCUACAUCAACGAGGAUGGAGGAGGAGCGGAGUCACAUGACUGAGAGGAUAUUCAACCUCACCCUGGAGAUCAUCUACCUGCUGACCGGAGAGAGUUUUCCUCUUCUGAAGUCAGGUGAUCAUCUGUCCAUCACAGUGCCUCCAUGUGACUCCUUAAGACCUGAGAGACCCAACAUGGAGAAGAUUCUAGAAGUCACCAAGAACAUCGCUGAGCUGCUGACAGGAGAGAUUGGAAACCUCGGGAACUAUAAUGAUAUGAAAGAAGAGUAUAAAGAGGAGGAUGAGGAGUAUGGAGUGAUGAAGGAGCUUUCUGAAGGACACAAGGAUCUCUACAAGAACAUUAUGAUGGAGCCACCUAGUAAGAGGAACCCACCAGAGAGAUGUCCCCGUCCUCUGUAUUCCCGGGAUUCCACACAGGAAGAUCUCGCCGUCCCCCACCAUGAUCAGGGUGAAGAUCUGAUGAAGGUGAAAGCUGAGGGUGACGUAGAAGAGACGUAUGUGAGGGAUGAUCAGCAACAUACGGAGGAGGAUGGAAUGAUGAGGACACUCAAAGAGGAGGACACUCCUACAGAGAUCAGCACAGGACACGCCAUGGAGAAACCCUCAAAGGAUCCUCUGACUUUAUCUCCAGGUUGUAAGAUGGAAGAUGAGGACAUCACAGCAGAUUGUGCGGGAGAAGAGACAAUGAGCUCAGCUAUGGAUGGUGGACUUCACAGUGUGGAUAGAGCAUGGAGUCCCUCUGACUCUGAGCAACCUCGUCCUGUGGGGGAUGGUGCCGGAAUUCAGGGGGAGAAGACAUUUUCCUGUCCUGAGUGUGGGGAAAGUUUUAGCUCUGAUUUAACUUUUUGUGUUCAUCUGAGUUCUCACAUGGGUGACAAGUUUCUUUACUGUUAUGAGUGUGGGAAAUGUUUUCUUCGUAAAUCAGACCUUGUCACACAUUACAGAUCUCACACGGGGGAGAAGCCAUAUUCCUGCUCUGAGUGUGGGAAAUGUUUUUUACAUAAGCGCACUCUUUCUGUUCACCAGAGAUCGCACACGGGUGAGAAGCCAUAUUCCUGCACCGUGUGCGGGAAACGUUUUUCACGGAAGAGCCCUCUCACCAUUCAUCAGAAAUUGCACACGGGGGAGAAGCCAUAUUCCUGCUCAGAAUGUGGGACAAGUUUUUCACUUAAGGGCAGUCUUACCACACAUCAGAGAGCGCACACAGGUGAGAAGCCAUAUUCCUGCUCUGAUUGUGGUAAAUGUUUUCAAACAUGGACCUCUUUUAACUCGCAUAAGAGAUUACAUACCGGCGAGAAACCAUACUCGUGCCCUGAGUGUGGAAAAGGUUUUUCACAGAAAAGCAAUCUUUCCAGUCAUCAGAGGUCGCACACAGGUGAGAAGCCAUAUUCCUGCCCGGAGUGCGGAAAACGCUUUUCACAGAAGGGCCCCCUUUAUAGUCAUCAGAAAUUGCACACGGGGGAGAAACCAUAUUCCUGCUCCGAGUGCGGGAGAGAUUUUGUACAAAAGGGAAAUCUUAUCAAACAUCAGAGAGCGCACACAGGUGAGAAGCCAUAUCCCUGCUCUGAUUGUGGUCAAUGUUUUACAGCAAGGACCUCUCUUAAGACACAUAAGAGAUUACACACAGAGGAGAAGCCAUAUUCCUGACCCUAGUGCGGGAAAGGUU